AUGCUGCGAGUGGAGAUCCGCUCUUUGCUAAACGAAGUUGGCCUUCAACGGAGUAUGAGAUUUCAAUUACCCCAGUAUCGACCCAUUGGGGGCAUGGAUGCUAUGGUGGUUUGGGAAUCCUAA